GUUUCAAAGCUCGGACGUAAACAGCUUCAGUUUCCUCUUCAGAAAGGAAGAUCAGGGCAACUGUGAGAAUCACACCGAGAAGAUGGGAACGGAGAGUCGCGGCACUAAUUAAGCCAUUUUUAAAUAGAAAUCUUAAUUGUAUUUACUUAACUCGGUAGAUGCUGCUGUUGUUUACAUUUAUUGACAGGGAUAAUUUAGGUUGAUAAAAGAUCCAGGGGCCCGGGCCUCUGUCCGCGGUCUUGAGUUGAACAGUCAUCCGACAUCAGAGCGAGUGAGUCGGUGUGAACAGCAGAGCCCUGCUGCACAUCAUGGGCGAUAGUAGAGAUUCUCAUAGUCCAGACAGCUCAUCCGUUUCCUCGCCACCAUCAGGUCAGCGUUCGCCCCCGUUGGCCCCUUCAGCCGCCUCCAUGACUUCCCUGCCCCCCAUCACUUCGGCCGUGAACAGUCCCAUCAGCAGCAUGGGCUCACCUUUCUCAGUCAUCAGCUCCUCUCUGGGUUCUCCUUGCCUUCCUGGAACUCCCUCGGUAGGCUACGGCCCCAUCAGCAGCCCACAGAUUAACAUGUUUCGCAGAAACACAGAGAUCAACUCCACCGUGUCCAUGUCAGGUCUGCACGCCGUCAGCAGCUCUGAUGACGUCAAACCGCCCUUCGGUUUGAAGCCGAUGUCCGCCCACAGCCCAGGGCCCAUGCUCUCUCAGAAACGCUUGUGUGCCAUCUGUGGAGAUCGCUCUUCUGGCAAGCACUACGGCGUGUACAGCUGCGAGGGCUGCAAGGGCUUUUUCAAGCGCACUGUGAGGAAGGACCUGAGCUACACAUGCAGAGACAAUAAGGACUGUCUGGUGGACAAACGCCAGAGGAACCGCUGCCAGUACUGCCGCUACCAGAAGUGCCUGGCCAUGGGGAUGAAGAGAGAGGUGGUCCAAGAUGAACGACAACGAUCUGUUCAGGAGGAGCGUCAGAGGAACAAGGAACGGGAGGGAGAGGUGGAGUCCACCAGCGCAGCGAAUGAAGAGAUGCCCGUGGAGAAGAUUCUGGAAGCAGAGAUGGCCGUGGAGCAGAAGACUGAGCUGCAUGCAGAUGGCAGCUCAGGGGGAAGUUCUCCAAAUGACCCAGUCACAAAUAUCUGCCAGGCGGCUGAUAAACAGCUGUUCACUUUGGUGGAGUGGGCAAAACGGAUCCCUCACUUCAGUGAGCUGUCUCUGGAUGACCAGGUCAUCCUGCUGCGUGCUGGCUGGAAUGAGCUACUGAUCGCGUCAUUCUCUCAUCGCUCCAUCACGGUGAAGGAUGGCAUUCUGCUGGCCACCGGCCUCCACGUGCACAGGAACAGUGCUCACAGCGCGGGGGUGGGAGCCAUCUUUGACAGGGAGAGUGCGCACAAUGCAGAGGUUGGGGCCAUAUUUGACAGGGUGCUGACGGAGCUGGUGAGCAAGAUGAGGGACAUGCAGAUGGAUAAAACAGAGUUGGGCUGCCUGAGAGCCAUCAUCCUCUUCAACCCAGGUCAGACCGCACACUCAUACACAUUCAGUUCACGUUAG